AUCUCAUCUCUGUGUGUAGAAAUCGCGCCGACUCUCUCUCUCUCCCUACACUCCAUCGAGCAAAGAAAGAGUUCUCAGCUGAGAGAGAUGCAAGCUAUCUCGAAAGUUUCUUCUGCAGCCUCCUUGUUUCGAUGUUCUACGAAACUAACAAGUCAGGCAUGUGUAAGCCAGCUUAGCCUCAGAAAAGGUCUUGUCUCCGGUGUGAUGAAGUUCUCUUCGCCUCUUAAGACUUUGUGCGAUGCUGCUGGUAGAUCUCUUCCCGUGUCAAGAUUCUGCAGUGCCUCCAACAUCUCUUCCUCAUUGCAAAUUGAACUGGUGCCAUGUCUCGCAGACAACUAUGCUUACAUACUACACGACGAGGAGACUGGUACAGUUGGUGUCGUUGACCCUUCUGAAGCUGUUCCCGUUAUGAAUGCCUUAAAGCAGAAUGGUCAAAACUUAACAUAUAUACUGAAUACACAUCACCAUUAUGAUCACACUGGUGGGAACUUGGAAUUAAAAGACAAGUAUGGUGCAAAGGUGGUAGGUUCAGCUUUAGAUAGGAAACGGAUUCCUGGAAUUGAUAUAGCUCUGAACGAUGGUGAUAAGUGGGAGUUUGCUGGCCAUGAAGUCCAUGUUAUGGAAACUCCUGGCCACACAUUAGGCCAUAUUAGUUUCUACUUUCCAGGGGCACGAGCAGUUUUCACUGGUGACACGUUAUUUAGCUUAUCAUGUGGUAAGCUCUUCGAAGGUACUCCAGAGCAGAUGCUAGCCUCGCUCCAGAGGAUAGUUGCUUUGCCAGAUGACACAAGCAUAUAUUGUGGGCAUGAAUACACACUGAGUAACUCCAAGUUUGCGUUAUCUGUAGAACCAACUAACGAGGUACUCCAGUCUUACGCAGCUUACGUUGCAGAGCUCCGUGGCAAGAAGUUACCGACGAUUCCAACAACGGUGAAAAUGGAGAAAGCGUGUAACCCGUUUCUCCGCACUGGGAAUAUGGAUAUUCGCCGGGCUCUAGGUAUUCAAGAGACUGCAGAUGAAGCAGAAGCUCUAGGUGUUAUAAGAAGAGCAAAGGACGGUUUUAAAUCUUAAGCUAAAAACAUUAUUAGAUAAUGUUUCCUAUGUACAUAUCAUGAAUGAUUUGGCUUAAUAAUGUUUCCUCAUAUGGCACAAGGUUGCUUACUUAUAAUUUCAAGGAUAAGACGUUACAUCA